AUGGGAGAGACAAAAGCAAGUACCGAGAGCGAUGAGAUUAUAAUGAGCAAAACAAUGAGCAAUAGCAACAACAACAACAACAAAACUAGUGGCAAUGAACAAGAUGAGAUAAUAACCGUCGAUCAAUUACAAUCCCUGGUUAAACAACGAAUCGACCUUGAAGAGGAAUUACAAACACUUAGAGAUUACCUUAUAAAGGGUGGAGGUAGUCUCUUUGGGUUGAAUGGUUCGUUUGUAGAUAAAGAAGGAUAUCCUGUAAUAUUGGUGAUGAAUGAUACCAAUCAACAAGAUACAUACUUGGCUAGAUGUUUUUACAGACUUGACUAUAUUUGGUCUCCACACUUGGAUAUAAUAAUUGAAGUGAAGAAAGCGAGAGCAAGGAUUGCAUGUAUUCAAACCGAUUACAAGAUAUUAAUGAAGAGUAUUGAGGAUGGCAUGUUGAAGUUGCAUGCUCAGAACAAACCUCAACAACAGACUGUCCCCAAACCAUCAAGCAUAUCAACACCAACUACAUCUUCUUCUUUGACCAAGGAAUCCUCAAUACAAUCUCCUGCUGCCAAUCCAUCCUCCGCAUCUGCAGUCGGUUCUGCUCUUGCUCCUGCUACUGCCACCUUGGCGACACCUGUUAAAAACGAAGAGCCCUUUAUGGAUAAAGGAUAUAAUAGAAUGGAUUUAGAAAUCAAGAUAGCAUUGGAUCAUCAUGCAAGAAAGAUAUUGACGACUGAAGCAUUGGCAUUCUUGGUAGAGUUGGAGAGAAAGUUUAGAUCGGCUCGUACAGUGUUGUUGGCAAAGAGACAAGAGAGACAAGCCGAUUUGAAUCGUGGCAUCUUUCCAGACUUUUUAAAGAAUACAGAGAAUGUCAGAAAGGCAGAUUGGAAAUGUGCUGCCAUGCCCCGUGACAUUAUGGACCGUCGCGUUGAAAUUACUGGUCCACCCGAGAGAAAGAUGGUUAUCAAUGCACUCAACAGCGGUGCCAAGGUGUUUAUGGCCGAUUUUGAAGAUGCCAAUUGUCCAACUUGGUACAACUCGAUUCACGGUCAAAUCAACAUGAUCGAUAUCAACAACCGUACCAUCUCUUACAAAGCACCCGAUGGACGUGAAUACAAGCUCAAGCCAGAGGUUGCUACCUUGUUUGUACGUCCUCGUGGAUGGCAUCUCGACGAAGAACACGUCUACAUUGACGGUAUGCCAAUGAGUGGUUCACUCUUUGACUUUGGUCUCUAUUUCUUCCACAACUAUCGUAUUGCCAUGAACAGAGGUUCAGCUCCAUACUUUUAUUUACCAAAAUUGGAAAGUCAUCUUGAAGCUCGUUUAUGGAAUGAAGUAUUUAACUUUAGUCAACAUUAUGUUGGCAUUCCAAUUGGUACAAUUAAAGCAACUGUAUUGAUAGAGACUGUUUUGGCAUCAUUUGAAAUGGAUGAAAUAUUAUACGAGUUGCGUGAACAUUCGGCUGGUUUGAAUUGUGGUCGUUGGGAUUACAUUUUCAGCAUCAUUAAAAAGUUCCAACAACAUCCACAAUUUGUGUUGCCUGAUCGUGCCAAGGUGACCAUGACCAGUCCGUUUAUGGAAUCCUAUGUAAAAUUACUCAUCUACACUUGCCAUCGUCGUGGUGUGCAUGCCAUGGGUGGCAUGGCCGCACAGAUCCCCAUCAAGGACAACAAGCAGGCCAACGACGUUGCCUUGGAAAAGGUAAAGGCUGACAAGUUGCGUGAAGUCAUGUUUGGCCACGACGGCACCUGGGUGGCCCAUCCAGCACUCAUCCCCACCGCUUUGGAGCAAUUCAACUUGCACAUGAAGACACCCAACCAAAUCCAUAUCAUCCCUCCCAACCCUUCCUUCACCGCCAAGGAUAUCCUCAGUAUCCCAGAGAUCAAGAGCGACGAUAUCAGCGAGGAAGGUCUCAAGGGCAACAUCAUUGUCGGUGUAGAGUACUUGGACGCCUGGUUAAAUGGAAAUGGAUGUGUUCCAAUCAAUCAUUUAAUGGAAGAUGCUGCAACUGCUGAAAUUUCAAGAUCUCAAAUUUGGCAAUGGAUUAAACAUAAAUCAAAAUUAUCAAAUGGAAAGGUUAUAACAUUGGAAUAUUUCAAUCAAAUUUUGAAAGAGUUACAACCAGUUUUGGAAAAUAGAAACAAAAAAUCGACAACCUUAAAGGAUUCUAUACCAAUGUUCCAAUCUCUUAUUGCAUCUCCAACCUUUGUCGAUUUCCUUACACCAACUGCCUAUCAAUAUGUUAUUAGAAGAGAAAGAACUGCUUUCAAUCCAAAACUUUAA